GAAUGAUCCUGAUCAUAGUAUCGGUACGCCGUAGAUGAUCUUGUUAGACCAGUGUGAUGGUUUGUUGUCUUUGAGCUUCGUAGUUGAUGUUGGUAUUCGACGUUGGAGUCGAGGAUAGUCGUGCCAAAGUCCUCGUUCUCGUGGGCGUGUGACUUUUCGCUUUGCCGUGUGAUGCAAGGAAACUAGACGAAGUGCCUGCGAUUGUGCCAGCAUCUGAAAGUCCAACGCGGAAGACACAGACACGACGCGGAAGAUCAUAGCGGAGGAGGUGCCAAUCGUGAAUUGUUCCGGCGUGAGCAGUAAACACCUCUGUUGUUACGAAGAUUAGAGGAGUCAUCGAUUAAAGAGUUUGAUGACAGCUACCUGGCCGUGCUGGUGUGCAGACAUCACUGAAGAUCUCACCUAGAGGCUGAAAACUUUGCAGUUGUACUGUUCUGAUCAAGGAACCCGAAGCUAAACAGAAAGUAUGGGAUUUCUCGUCGAGUCCGAGCCUCUCGCCUGGGAGGACGCCUUGUCGAAACUGAAGUACGUCCGUGAUCACGGUGUGGAGCAAUUCAUCAACGUUUUUUUCGAGACGAAACACAUUUCCGAAGAUCUUCUCAAAUUUAUGGGGUCGUUCUUCUACAUCUGUAGAUCUGCAUUUGCCAUGAAAUGGCUUCAGCUCCUUUUUUUAUAAAGGUAAAAGCUACGACUACCUUGACCUUAGGUAGUUGUUUUCAGCUCAAUAUCAAAACCACAACGUGUACACUCUAACCAAAACGGAGAUGAGGUCGAAUACCAACUUGUAAAACUGGAAGGGAGAGAGGGGGAUCCAAAUCGCCGACCCAAAAUCAGCUUGCGAAGUCCCGAAGUGGUACUUCAACACUACCAAUACGAGAAAAAGACUCGUCUAGAUGUGAUUGCAAGUGGAAUCAUACAGCCAUACAGCAUAGACUAUGGCGAUGAAAUUGCACCGGAGAAGAUGAAAAGUGUAACCCACCUAACCGACGUCCUCGUUCUCAUAGUAGAAUCUACUGUCCUGCUCUGUUGGGACCAUGUGAUGAUAGCAGAGCAGCAUGGUACUUGUGAUCCACAUACAAGUUGGUACAACUAGUAAAAAGUCCAUCUAGAAGAUAAUUGUAAUUGAUUGUUAGUUCGUUGUGAGUUACCUCCAUCACCUGUGUUUCCCAGGUCCAGUCGCUCCACCUUCUGGAAGCCCACGGAAGAAGCCAUGGCCUCAGUGAAGCGGAUAUGUGCUCGUGGAUGCCCGAAUAUGGUCGCUGGAUGCUAGAGGGGACUCCAGGCAAGCCGUUUGAAGGAAUAACUGCGCUCACUAAGGUACUUGAUUUUGAUGAAUUUCAGGUUAUACAUAGAAGACGCUAAUCCCUUCAAACAAGUGCAUAGAAAACGAGCUAUCUACUUGUCGGAAUAGCUGGUGCAGGAUUAGUGAUAGAAGGAAAAAGUAGACGUUAUACAAGAAGAUGGUACAUUCACAUAUCAUACCCUCUCCAAGUCUGUGAUUUCUGAUAUUUUUUUUUUCCACAAAUAAAAUGCCAGUAGGUGCUUUUUGUGUCGACAACAGAUACCAACACCCUAGGUUGAGGAUUCGAUGCGACUGCGAAGAUCACGCUUGCUCGCGCAGCUUCAACCCGAUGAGAUUGCACCCACAUUAGUUUCGUUUCCCUUGCUUGGUGUAGGUUACGGCUACUAGUAUGUCGCUAUUCCUUUUUCUGCUGGAGUAGUCUGAGUGGAUUUCCCUCUAAUUUCCAAGUAGAAACUAAAGGAUAUGAACAAGAAUUCCCCUCAAUUUCUCAGCAGGACCUUGACCACCUAGGGAAAUCAGUCCCUGGGUUUACUCAAUCAGCCAAGGGAUUCACUCAACCUGCUCCAGGGAUAAUGCCCUAGUAGGUACUACCUCUAUUCUAAGUUGGAGAAUUCUGGAAGAGUCCGAAUCCUCACGAGAAGCUCAAUGUGGAUGGCCCAGUGGCCGAGUCCGCCUUUUGUCCCGACGAAAUUACCUUUCCACACCAACGUUUCAAAACACUGACCGCAAAUAUAAGGAAAAGGUACUAUGAUUUUAUAGCACGAGAUAGUAGAGUGUGAAUUUUAAAAAUUUCGUCAGUUUGAUGCUCCUGUUAGGUUAUUUAGAAAAAGACUACUUGCUAGUAAGAAAGUUCUCUCAAUCAUCUUGAAUGCGCGAGAUAAGGUACUUAUUAGAACUUCAGACUAUUUCAUCUUUCGUCCUCUUCGUGGCAAGUGGGAGUGUGAUAUAUUUUUUUCGCUUUUGUUCCGCUUCUUUCCCUAUAGAAAUCAAAUGUGGUUUUGAUUUUCUUCAUCUUCAUUCCAGGCGCGGCGAAAAAGUGCGCAUAGAGCGUCCUCUGUUCAUUGAUGAGAACACGGACGCGAGUCUGGCUCGUGGUGGCGCUCCUGGUCCCAGCGGAAAAAUUCAUGCUGACGCGAUGUGUUUCGGUAUGGGCUGCUCGGCGUUGCAGGUAACUUUUCAAGCAGCGAACUUGGGAGAGUCCAGACACCUCUACGAUCACCUUGCAGUGCUUACACUUAAGUCUUAUGUGGCUCCUUGAUGUCCUGAACAAGCAUAUCUCUCUGGAGGGAUAUCUUUCACUUUUUUUAAAGGGAUGAAAAUAUGGUAAGCAGGUAUCUCUGAAUGAUAACUACUCUCCUGCAGGAGGAUCCCGUGUUUGCGAUAUAUGAUGAAGGGAAAGAGCAAUAGGGAAAAAUCAUCCCAGAACAUUAAUAAAUGUCUCACGAUGGCUUAAAAUUGAUUCUAAGUAGACUAUUGAAUUAUUUUGCUGAGUUCAUCUAAUACAGCGAUUAUGAUGGCGCUUACGGCAGCAUGUCCGUACAUACGGGGAUGGCUGCAAGCGGAAGACGUCCGAUGGAGCAUCGUAGGGGAAAGUGUAGACGAUAGAACAGCUGCGGAACGAAGUAGAAUGAAUCUUGUCGACUCAACUGGAGAAGAAGGCGAUGCUAGACUUGCCGGGAAUGUACCUAAAUGACGUUCAACAAGAGCACAGUAUGGAAUAAGUAGUUCGUUGCAUCAGUGUUUACACCAGUUGUUAUGCAGAGGUCAUGAUAGGACGACUGUUGUUGUAAUGCACAGAACCCUUAUGGUCUACAGAUUGAUCAUUCUAGUAAACGAUAAAAAAGUACAACCGAUUAAUUCAAAAUCGAAUCUAUAACUGUUUUGUCCCGCCAUUAGGCUAGUACUAGUACUAAAUGGGACACCAUGACGAUACACAGGGCGUAAAGUGUUUGCGGAAGAGUCGAUACGCUGGCAUAGAUUGCUAUAUAUCAGCCUACACGGAAACGCAUGGGGGUCGGAAGCAAGCUGUGUCAUCACGCUCGUACGGUUCGUCUGUUAAGGCUUCCCCUAAUCCAUCUUAGGAAGGAUCCUCAGGAGAAGGCUUUUCACGGGGGGGAAAGCACUCAGGAUGCCUCCCGAGAUGGGUUAGGGCGAGCUCUAAGUCUGUGCCCGAUCGAGAGUUUGCGUUCUCGUUUAGUAACGAUGACGCUGGAAACUCCAUAGCGCUGUCUGCAGGUCUCCAGUCCGCCGGUAGCUGCAAUUCGACAAAAGAGAGGGAACAGUCGAAUAAGAAAUAUGGACACUGGGAUUGUCUCCUAGGAGAUACUUUCGUGAGAAGACAGAAUGCAUUGAGUACUUGAUGAUACUUUCAGGUGGUCCACCCUGACCUAAUGAUGUGAUGUUUUGUAGACUACAUAACUAGCCUCCACAAGCUUCGCCCGGCUUCAAGUUAGUUUAGCACUUUUCUGCGGCCUCCCACGGGCUACAGCCGCUAGAGUAGAGACAGCCGGCGGGUGAGCUGAUGCACCCUACGAAUUGACUACGACAAGAGCCGAGUGCCGGCGGUGGCCGACUCAGAUGCGUCGACUCAUGUGCAGGGCAUUGCGCUGCCUUCGGUUUUUUUUUUGAGAUUGCCGGGCGGGUCAUGCAAAUUCUUAAGAAUUUGCAAGACCCCCACGGCAGUCCAACAAAAAAACCAGAAGAGAGCCACCAGACACGCACAAGAAUCCGCAAGCCCCAACGCACGCAAGCGCCUCGCGGUGGCGCCAGGCAAGAACGAGGGGCGACCUUGAUGGGCCAAACAAGACAAAGCAACGCAGGGCCGCGCUGCUUGGGUCUCUCUACGCGCUUACACCUGGCGGGGCUUCUUUGUUUCGUCAGAUGUCUCUCGUCAGAAACAGGCGGGCGCACUUCGCGGGGUCGUGCGGCGUCGCGCUUCGGGCUGUGGCUGAAGCCUCUCGGCUGGCUGACGUCUUUCACCAAGCUGGAGACUAAGGCUCUCCAUCAGGCUGAUGCUGUUCGUCAGCCCAACGCUCUGCGCCAGGCUGGCGGCGUUCGUCGGGCAGGCCGGCGCCCCUCGGCAGGCGUCUUGGGUCAGGCUGAGGCUUUUCGUCAGGGUCGGGCGACGUCUCUCGUCAGGCUGAAGCGCUUCGCCUGGCUGACAUUCCUCGCCGGGCCGAGACUCACGCCUUUGGUCAGGUUGAUGGCUUGCUUCAGCUCGGCGCCGUUCGUCAGGCUGAUGCACUCGCCAGCCAGGUGAGGCCUCUCGCCAGACCGGCGCAAUGCUUCGCCAGGCGUCUGCCUUGCGUCGGAGGGAACAGGCUGAGCGGGGCCUUUCUUCGGGCUGCGGAUGUCUUUCCUUCGUAAGAUUGACCCCGUUCUUUCGUCGGACUGACGUGCUUCGCCAGAUUGACCGCGUUCGCCGGACUGACGUCCUUCGCGAAAGGUCUUCGCUAUCUUCAAGGGCCUCGCGCCACAGGGAGGCCUCGCGUCAGUUUUUCUGGCGGAGGUCGUUCGUCAGAUGUCUGCUGUCGCGGGUCUCACUCUUGUCGUGUCGGAGGUCUUGGGCCCAAAGGUCGUCUUUGGUCCACGCACAGGUCGCCGGUGGUCCACAGGUCGCCUGUGGCCCAAAGGUCGUCUUCGGUCCAAAGGUCGGCUUUGGUCCAGAGGUCGUCUGUGGUCCAGAGGUCGCUUUUGGUCCAGCGGCCGUCUUUGGUCCAAAGGUCGCCUUACUUUGGUCCAAAGGUCGCCCUACUUUGGUCCAAAGGUCGCCCUACUUUGGUCCAGAGGUCGAAGGGUCGCCUUACUUUGGUCCAAAAGUCGCCCUACUUUGGUCCAGAGGUCGGCGCACUUUGGUCCAAAGGUCGGCUUACUUUGGUCCAAAGGUCGGCUUACUUUGGUCCAAAGGUCGCCUUACUUUGGUCCAAAGGUCGCCUUACUUUGGUCCAAAGGUCGCCCUACUUUGGUCCAGAGGUCGCCGGGUCGCCUUACUUUGGUCCAAAAGUCGCCCUACUUUGGUCCAGAGGUCGGCGCACUUUGGUCCAAAGGUCGGCUUACUUUGGUCCAAAGGUCGGCUUACUUUGGUCCAAAGGUCGCCUUACUUUGGUCCAAAGGUCGCCUUACUUUGGUCCAAAGGUCGCCCUACUUUGGUCCAGAGGUCGCCGCACUUUGGUCCAGAGGUCGCCUGUGGUCCCGCGGUCGUCUUCGGUCCCAAGGUCGUCUUUGGUUUCAAGGUCGUCUUUGGUCCCAGUGUCGUCUUAAGUCCCAAGGUCUCCUGUGGUCCAGAGGUCGCCUGUGGUCCAAAGGUCGCCCCUGGGUCAAAGAUCGCCUUUGGGCCAAAGAUCGUCUUUGGGUCAAAGAUCGCCUGUGCUCCAAAGGUCGUCUUUGGUCCAAAGGUCGCCUUUAGUCCGAAGAUCGCCCUUGGUCCAACGGUCGCCCUUCGUCCAAAGCUCGUCUUUGGUCCAAAGAUCGGCUUUGGUCCAUGUGUCUUUGGUCCAAGGUCUUUGCCCUUUCGGUGGGCGGUCUUUCGUUGGCUGUCUCUCUUUGGACUUUUCUCCCCAGCUUGCGCCCCCACCCCCGUCGGCCAUUUUUCUGCCUUCUUUUCUGGUGGUCUGCCACGGGGCCGCAACGUAAAUCCCAACAAGGAAACGGCCGGAGGCUAUCGGGCUUGAGACUGAGGGGAAAGGGCAGGAGACUAUGGGCAAUAGCUUCGCGAAAGAAGCUGACUAAUCUCCGGUGGGUUAGGCGGGGAGUUUUAUGGCGGCGAUCAAUGGCGAGAUUAAUAAUAUAGAUUAAUAAUAUAGAUUAAUAAUAUAGAUUUUUUUUUUGUUAUGUUUUUUAUCUAUCAACUUAUAAUAAUCUUACCAAAAAAGUUGAACUUCAGACCUUGCCAAAAACAGCGAUUUGGAGCUAGUUCUAAGCUUCAGCCGUGUCAUCUGCUAGCAAGAGAGCGCGGCCGCUGAUGGCGCGGAGGCAAGCUGAUCGCUAUAACGACAUACCCAUUGAAUUCGAACCCUAUCACUUGGACAGGCUCGUUCUCGGCGGCAUCGAUCGCGUAUUGGCCAGGCACGUCGCGCAUCUUUUCUGUCGAGAUCCGCUGGUUAUUUUCGCAGAUCGCGUGCUGCUCAACGACCGCCUCGACGUGGACCACUGGGAGAAUUUGCAGAGCACCAAUUUUAAGAUGUUGAACCGAAUUUCUUCUAAAAGCACUCAGACUUACUGGAUAAACAAAGGUUGGUGCUGUAUUUGUACUUGUUAUAUACGAGCAAAGUUAGGGGAGUAGUGCCUGUAGCUGGUACAACUUAGAUAUUACGGGGAGCUGCAUUUCCUCCUUCUAAGAGAGGGCAGAGCGUCCGAUGGAAGCCACCGCCACCUGAACGCGGACGCCUCGAGGUGAGUAGUGAGAAGCACGUGGGUUGGCGCGUAGAGCUCCGGUCCAUGGAGUUACAAAUGUUAAGAAGGUUUCCCGGUAACCGUGUAGUCUAUCGAUCGUACGAAGAAGUAUCUUGGAACAAGGGUAAAUUCGUGUCAGGAAAAAACAUAGUGAACGAAGAUGUUUUUCAGAAUAUGUGAUUAUGGGCUUCUAACAAAGAUGAGUUUCCCACAGUGAAGAAAUUAACAUGAUGGCCCGACGCGAACUCCUUUACAGAAAUUACAUACUAGACCUAGAUUUCUAAGCGCGACGGAUUUUGAGAAUGCCGCAUUCACAGUGUUUGUCGUGCUGAUUUCCCGGGUGCUGCUCACACUGGAAUUGAACUUGUACAUUCCGAUCUCGAAGCUGGAAGAAAAUAUGCGCAUGGCUCAUCGAAUGAAUGCAGUUACAAAGGGGAAAUUCUGGUUCCGGAAGCGACUGUUGCCGCCACAGGUGCGCCAACAGAUGACCAAAAAGUGUCAGAACCGCAAAAACGGGCACUUCAGUCCGUUCGCGCGGGGCAAUGGAGCAGCAAAAACAAUGGGUGGACAAGUUAAGGCCCAUCAUGAUGAUUCAAUCUAAUAAAUCCACACGGUUCAACAUCAACAUUCUUCCUUUCAUCGAUUUUUUCCUUUUUACUUUUCUUGCGUGAAACAGAAAUUCUGAGACGAUGAACCUCACCUAGUUGUAGGUCUAGAAGAUGAGUGAACUUCUACAUUAUCGUUAUCCAUCAUGUUAUGGUAAUGAAUCGUGCAAGACCACUCGACGACCCUAAACGGACCCUCUAAGCAAGGCAGAAUGGCCAGCGGCGCGCAGGAAGGAAGGACACCGUCGACGGGAGCCGGGCGCUCACCAGGUGAAUGGCGCGUUCGAGUCGAAGGAGACGAUGAGGACUCUUUAGGCUCUUUGGGGUCCUCAUCUCUACUUAAGGCCCAGGAAGAUUUGGUGUGCGUCUACAAUUAGACUAUCUUCUAUUAUUCGGCAAGAUCGUAGUUAAGUAGAACAAAGACUAGAAUUACUAUCGCUGAAUAUGCAAUUUCUGCUGCUAUAACAACUACUUGCUAGUAUCAGCCAUGAAGAUGUUGGUCUUGAUCAUCGUUCGAGCAGCCCCUUUCUAAUUGUCAAGCAAGCGGAGCGUCACCGGAUGAAUCGCCGUCGCGGAAAAGCUUCAACCUUGCGGGUCCGUAUAGUCCUGCAGGUGUUUCCUUCGGUUUCGUACCUGGGGUUAAGGCUUAUCACUGAAGAAAAAGAAUUGUAUUUCUGUCUUGUUUUUGCAAAACAACAACUUGAAGAUAUUAAGUAUCCACUUUGGAUAAAUUGGCGUACAUCAUAGUGGAUACUUGUAUAGAGUUGGACUUCACCUUCAGCGUCUAAGAGACGUAACGGCACACACCCUUUAGGAAGACCGGCAGGGAGCGACAACUCAGCAGACGAAGACGGCACAGUGCAAGACGAUACGUCGGAGGACGAUUUCGAGGAGGAUGAGGAGUCCAUGUACGAGCUGAUGACAAUAGAAGAAAUUCUCAUGGGAAAGCAGUGCGGCCAGGGGAAUGCUGGCCCUCCGCGUGGUAACGGAGGUGCUGCUGCUGCUGCUUCGAUGGGCAAGAACGGACCGCGAACCACUACAACUGGCAAUAAUGAUACGACGAGUACUAGUAAUUCGACGUCGUCGGCAGCGGCACGUGCAGCUUCAACAGGAGCUAAAAAUGUACCGGCGUCACCUGGUGUAGAGUCAGAGGACAUGUACGGUAGUGACCAGGACUUCAUGCAGCAGUCAGCCGCCGGCAACGUCUACUUCCCGGGAUUAGUGCCUCUCUGUCGCAUGUACAUGGAUUUCAUAGGGGUCGACUCCGUCACGUCGCAGAAAAUCAACAAUUACCUUGACUUUAUUGUCGCUCGCGCCUCGGGAAAGCUGCAAACCAACGCGCGAUGGAUCCGCAAUUUCAUACGCAAACACCCCAGCUACAAAAAGGACAGCAGAAUACCACAGGACACCGCAUACGACGUACUGCUCUUUUUCUGUGCUUUGUUUUAAAACAUAAUUUCUUUGUACUAGAAGAUGUACUUAAACUUUCCACUGUGGCAUUCCAACACACGCACACCAGUUGCUCCUGACCGCAGCUCGAAUCGGCGAAGGCUUGGAGAAGUGUCCUGAUCUGUUGGGUGAUUUUGCAGUGGACAUGUGCUUUCCAGCUGCGAACCCUUUUAGUAGGCAGUUCGAAGAUGAGACCGAGGCUGUCGCAAGCUGGUGCUCCCCUCCGAAGUAUCCCGCAAGCCCAGCUGAUUUGUUGUUAAGAGGAUGAUCUUCAUGUAUAAUGAAAUCAUCGUGAUUAUAUGCAACUACUACUUGCAAGAUGCAAGAAGAUUAAAAUACUUAUGUUGACAAUGACAAACGGGAAGCCCUAAGAUUGUCCCGCAGCAGGAGUGGUCUAGCGACGGCCCGAGCGCCGGAAGAGGGAGAGCCAUCCAUGGCGCAGCGCAUGGGUCUGACGCAGCCGGUCGUGCGCAGCGCGGCCUCGUCGUCGAAUACUCCAUCUUCUUGCGGAGCUUGUCCGGGAGUGCCGUGUCCGCCAGGAGCGACGGCAGAUUCGCGCGAUUGCCGCGCCGCUGCGCACAAAUACGAUCUGAUGACGAGUUAUCUAACGUUAAGGUCAGCUUUCAUCCUGCUUUCUCAGCAUCUCGAUACCCUACUCAAUGCAAGGGGAGAGGGGUCGGCAUCAGGGGACCGAGAUGAAUAAAACAGACUCUAAGAACGACGGCGCACGCAAGGAGGCACACGGUCUUGCGACACCAAAUGGGGCGCAAACUUACGGGUCUGAUAAAUUUGUCUCAACCUUCUUCCCUCAUGCUCAUCAUCUUUUAUCGGAACCCGAAAAUCUUUUCGAACUUCUAUGUAUUAUAGCUUCUCAGGUAGUCAUGUGGGAUAGCAUCAGGAGCAGAAACAUGAGCAGACUAACACUUCUAAUAGCCGCCGGGAAAUGAAAGCGUUAGAAACAGAGUUAGCAGCGCUGCAACGGGACUUGCAGACCUCGCUCAUGAGCGAACCUAAUACGCUGCCGCGUGACCUCUCUGCACAGCGUCUGGUGGAAGCCAGUGCACAUUAUGCCUCAUUUUGUCUGAGUAGCUUGUGUGGAUACUAGACGAGUAGUCCAAUCCAAAAGUACUAUAGCCUAAGUAGCUUGUCGUGUGGGGUAUCCUUCGUCAAGUUCCUUUCUUGAGUGUCGAUCUACAGGUUCACUCAAAUACGGACUCCGCUCUACUCUAAGCAUAAUACAGCAACCGGGGAUCGUAUCGCAUGGUGCCAAGUCCUAGUGCAGCGCGAAGCCGUUCCUCCUCGACAGAGGUUGAUGAGCUUGGGGGCUGAGGACCGCGGAACUUUAUUUGCAACAUGAGAUUACUUAAUUGGGGGGAUUAGUCAAGGAAAUCUUAAACAGGCUACUGCAUACAGAUUCACAUCAUCACUCAGGAACAUUUUCAAAAGAGCUGUCCAACAGUAAGGCCAUACAGCUUCAUCAUCGCAUUUAGCAAGUGGGAUGGGUUUGACCCCUGCAUCUAGACCUCAUUUGCUUCUCGUCUCAGAAAGACUCAGAGACAGCUGUUGCAACGGCGUCUCAUAGAGCUUCAGAGACAGCUGUCAUAACUAAGUAUUUAGAUAUCAACAGCCGGCAGAUAUGUUUUUGAUAAUGUGAAGAUCUAGGUUGUAUGUUAUUUUUGGUCUUCGUUUUAGAUUUUUAGUUUGUUUAAGACUACGAUAUUAACAUCCGCUACUAGGAGCAGGUAUAACUUUAUAUACACUGCUUUCUAUACACUGGAGAUACACUUCUCUCUGUACGUCGUGUAACCAAUUUUCCGUAGUUACAUGAUUCAGGUACUCCGAGUCAUUACUAGCCAUAGAAAUUCAUUGACUUUUCGUGUGUGGGAUAGUGUGUGUUGGUUCCUCGCUCUUCUCCAUGAUGAUGAUCUCCAAGAGAGAGGGCCAUGGGGUAGGCACUCCAUAAGAUAUAAAAAUUGUCUACUCGUCUAGACAUCUUGAUGUUGUUGCUUCCAGGAGCCUUCUCAGUGGCUUCGUGCCCAGAAUCUUCCACUAGUUUUUGCUUGUAACGGGUUUCACUUGAGGUGAACCGAGGACUAACCGAGACGGACUAGGUUCCCCUCCUGUACAAACAAGAUAUGAAGUAUGAUCAGAAAUUAAAGGUUUUUGUUGAUUAGUUUUUGUUUGAUGGUUUCAAGUAGAAGAGAACUGCAGCUCACGUUGUAUGAAUCUCUCUAGUUUAUUAAAUUGUUUUGACUCGUGCAUUCGUUCUACUCUCUGUUGUUGUAACUCAAUAUCUUUGACUGAAUAAUCAUCCUCGUGUGGUUACUUAUACGAAUGGAGCUGCUCCUGCACUAGCGGAUAGGGGUGUUGUUUGAUGUCGCGGAGAUAUGCAGGCACUCCGUCGCAGCCAUGCGGUCCCCGUUUUGAAGUAAACACUUAUGACUUUUAAUCAAAGCGCUGCGCAAGUAUACGGUAU